UUUGGAGUGUUGGGGCAACUCCUGAAGACAUUUUUUUUGACUCUGUGGUGGCAUCAGCUGUUAGAGCAGCUUAUCAACAGCUGAAAGAAGGUGGUAAGAUACGCCCAUCAGAGAGGCCAAGGAUCCCCUAAAACCCAGUGCAGGUGGUGGGAGACAGAAGAACUCUAGCAAUAAUAACACCACCGUUGCUGAUCUCCUCUAAUUACUUGUCGCCCGGGGCUCUGCAACACAAAGCCUCUUCACCAUGAGCACCACAGAAAGGAGAAGCCUCCCUGAAUUUUCUGCCAGUCUGCACAGGACCUAGCUCAUCUUUAACACACCAGGGAGAGAUCACUUUAAGGCAGAGCUGUUAUGGUCGUUCCAAAGUCCUGGGUGGAAACCAAAGGUGACCAGUCCUUUGCCGUUAUGGCCUCUGAACUUCAAACCCCUCCAAACUGUGGAAAUUUAUGCUGUCGGCACUGGUGGUGUUUAUAUCAACUCUAAACUCUAUUGCAAUGUUCAGUUUUCUCCAACAAAUCAACCAGUCACAUAGUUGACAUCGUUUUGUGUGCCAGGAGUAAGAGUUUAAACAAGCUCUGUAACUUAAAGGUGUCAAAUCACCAAGUUUUACUCAAACAAUGUAAUAACUGUAAUUAUCUAGUAUUUAAAAAUUUGUUUUUCCCUUGUAAAUAUGUACAUCUGCACCCUGCACCUACAUUGCUUUUUUAAAAACCCAUCUCUACAGCAUUCCCCUGCCCUGGGGCAAGUCCUGGAGUGUUGGCACGACUCCACAAGAUCUGUCUCCAUAUAAAGGAAGAGGGAGCAUCUCUGGUUCGUUCACUCCCUUCUCCCAGACUGACUGCUCCUGUUGCAGAGCCCGGUCGGCUCCCGGUCCAUGCUAACCCUCUGCUGCAUCUUUCAAGAUUGCAUUUUGGCCUGAAUUGAAGAUAGGAAACAGAAACACUGGAUAACUGAAAGUCUUUGAAAGAUUUGUCAGGCCGAUUGUGCCUUUUUCCUCCGGGGUCAGGAUGCUGCCCUAUUUCACAUCAGUGCUGCUGGUGACAUUGAUGUCCAGUGUUUGGACUCAAGACUUUAACGAGGAAAGGAAAACUUACAAGAAAUCCAGAGCCAGGCUGGGAGCUUCAAGUAUUCAUGAUGGACAAGCCAUCCUGGAUGAAGACUGCAGCCUGGAGCUUUCCUUCCUGUUGGACAGUUCUGAGAGUGCGAAGGACAAUCAUGAGCAGGAAAAGCGUUUUGCGAUGGACAUGGUGGACCGACUCCAAGGUGCACGGCUGCCGACUGGCCGCAGCUUGAGUUCCAGGGUGGCCUUGCUGCAGUACAGCAGUCAUGUUAUCAAGGAGCAAACCCUCAGAGACUGGAGGGGAUCAGAAAACUUCAAGAACCAGAUCACCCCCAUAGUCUACAUUGGACAUGGCACUUACACCACCUACGCAAUCACCAACAUGACGAAGAUCUACCAGGAGGAAUCCAGGCCAGGCAGCAUCAAAGUGGUGGUGUUGCUCACAGAUGGUGUUUCCCACCCAAGGAACCCUGACAUUUUUUCUGCCAUUGCUGACGCAAAGAACCUGGGCAUCAAGUUCUUUACGCUGGGCAUCACCCGGACAGCCAACGAACCAGCCAAUAGAGCUGAACUCCGUCUGCUGGCCAGCUCCCCAGGCUCACGCUUCCUCCACAAUCUGCAGGACGAAGACAUAGUAGAAAAAAUCUUCACUGAAGUAUCCACCAUAGCUGAUGAAGGAUGUCCUUUGGCUCAGAGAUGUGCUUGUGAGAAAGGAGAACGGGGACCAAGCGGCCCUGCGGGUAAGAAAGGUCGCCCCGGUGAUGAUGGAGCUCUGGGGCAGAAAGGGCAAAAGGGUGAAGCAGGAUUAAGUGGAAUACCUGGGCGAGAGGGAGCUGAGGGGAAGCCUGGUUACAAAGGAGAGAAGGGUGAAAGAGGUGAGUGCGGCACUCCAGGAAUCAAAGGAGACAGGGGUCCAGAGGGUUCAGUUGGAACAAAAGGACCAAGGGGUCUGCAGGGGCUACCAGGAGCACAGGGAGACGUUGGAUCAGAGGGGCCUCAGGGAAAGCAGGGAGAACGAGGCCCAUCGGGCCCUCCAGGAAUUCAGGGAGAAAUUGGUAUCGGACUUCCUGGUCCAAAAGGUGACACGGGGUUCCAGGGUCGACCAGGUCCUCCUGGUCCUCAUGGAGUCGGUGAACCCGGUCCUCCUGGACCUCAAGGACAGCAAGGUGUUCAAGGAGAAAAAGGGCCCCAAGGUGAAGGGUUUCCUGGACCAAAGGGGGAUCGAGGGUUCCCGGGACCAAGAGGGCCGACGGGACAGCAGGGUGUAGGCAUCAAAGGAGAAAAGGGUGAAUUGGGACCACCAGGUUUUCCCGGGCCAGCUGGGCCAACAGGGGUGGGCAUUCAGGGAGAAAAGGGAGUCGAAGGACCAAGAGGUCCACCAGGAGUCAGAGGAGUUCCUGGAGAAGGCUUAUCUGGACCUAAGGGUGACCAAGGCUUACCAGGAGAGCAGGGAGCUCCUGGAGAAAGAGGCAUCGGUGAACCUGGUCCAAAGGGAGAACCUGGAGCCUCAGGACUAGGUGGUCUGCCUGGUCUUCCAGGAGAAGAUGGAGCUCCGGGGCAGAAGGGGGAGCCUGGCUUACCUGGCUCAAGAGGUCCAGAAGGAGUACAAGGAAUAGGAAUUCAAGGAGAGAAGGGCGACCAGGGUCUGAGAGGGAUUCGUGGACUACAUGGUCCUCCUGGGAUUCCAGGACCUUCUGGACCAAAAGGUGAACGUGGUAUUCCAGGUCUGCAGGGCAUGUCGGGGCAGCCAGGACGGUCCAUAUCAGGUCCAAAGGGUGAAGUUGGUCCUGCUGGACCUCCUGGUCCUAUUGGGGAAACAGGUCUUGGUCUACCUGGUCCAAAAGGAGAUCGAGGUCUUUCAGGUCCACCUGGUCUAUUUGGUCCAAAGGGUGAAGGCAUCCCAGGCCCUGUGGGUCCUCAAGGCAUACCAGGGUUACCAGGUGAGCCCGGACCAGAGGGAGUGGGAAUUCCAGGUCCAAAGGGUGACAUUGGUUUUAGAGGCCUACCAGGUUUACCCGGACCACCAGGAGAGGGCCUACUGGGACCACCAGGUAAUGUUGGGAGGCCAGGACCUCCUGGUGCAGCUGGACCUGCAGGAGAAGGCAUUCAAGGCCAUAAGGGUGAGCCAGGAUCUCAAGGCAUGACUGGACCUAGAGGGUCUCAAGGAGAAGGAUUUCCUGGACCUAAGGGGGACCGUGGUUUACAGGGCGAGAGGGGAAUGAAAGGCACAAAAGGAGACAUGGGUGAUCCUGGAGUACCUGGAGAAAUGGGGAUAGCAGGGACCAAGGGUGAACCAGGACUUACAAGAGAAGACAUCAUAAGGCUGAUCAAAGAAAUAUGUGGAUGUGGCAUCAAGUGCAAAGAAAGACCCAUGGAGCUUGUGUUUGUCAUUGACAGCUCAGAGAGUGUCGGUCCUGAGAACUUUGAGAUCAUCAAAGACUUUGUCACUAGAUUGGUGGACAGAACCACUGUUGGACGCAAUGCCACCAGGAUCGGACUGGUUCUUUACAGUCUAGAUGUACAUUUAGAAUUCAACCUGGCUCGUUUUUUGACCAAGGAGGACGUAAAGGAAGCAAUCCGAAAAAUGCCUUACAUGGGUGAGGGCACCUACACGGGGACUGCUAUAAGGAAGGCGACUCAAGAGGCUUUCUUUAGCGCCCGGUUUGGAGUCCAAAAAGUAGCCAUCGUCAUCACUGACGGUCAGACAGACAAACGAGAACCUGUCAAACUUGAUAUAGCAGUGCGGGAGGCUCAUGCAGCAAACAUUGAGAUGUAUGCUCUUGGAAUCGUUAAUUCUUCUGAUCCCACACAGGCUGAGUUCCUGCGAGAACUUAACCUCAUAGCCUCUGACCCAGACAGUGAGCACAUGUACCUCAUUGAUGACUUCAAUACUCUCCCAGCACUGGAGUCUAAACUUGUCAGCAAGUUCUGUGAAGAUGAAAACGGUGCCCUUAUUUACAAUCACAUCCCAAAUGGAUCAUGGAACAACAACAAUGGAAUUGGUCUUAAUAGAAUCAAUGGAGGAUAUGUUAAUGGAUACAAUAGCUUUGACAAUUAUGGUUAUGGAGACAAUGGAAAUGGGAAAAGGAACGAAGAGGAAACUAAAACCCAGAGAGAAACCAACAACAGAGGCCAUGGUGACACAUUCAAGCUGCCAAUAAGUGCUGAUACCCUUCCUCUACAGGUGGUGGAAGACGACAAUGGGGGAGAUUUAGACCUCAGGUACCAUGUGCAGACUGGUAGAAGCGCAUCUGUAGUCAAUGAAACCACAAUGUCAUCAGUUGUGAGAGAAAGUUCUGCCUCCAGGGUGGAAGUCUUAUCAUCAUCAGAAGCAGCAGCAUCGUCAUCAUCAAUGUCAACACUAGGGUCUCACACAUCUUCAAACUCUAAUCAGGUCCAGUCUGCAGUGAGUCCAAACUUACCUAAAGAGGUCCCUGCUCUUGAUCCUCGCUGCAGUCUCAUUUUGGACCAAGGAACCUGCAGAAACUAUGUAAUCCGUUGGUAUUACGACAAACAGGCCAACGCCUGUGCACAGUUCUGGUACGGAGGCUGUGGUGGGAAUGACAAUCGCUAUGAAACUGAAGACGAAUGCAAGAAGACUUGUGUUCUUUUGAGAACAGCUGGAUAAGAAGACAAGACGGAGAGCUGACUUAAUAUUUCUGGAGUCUCAACAUUUGUAAUUUAUUUGCUUGUGUUCAGCAGUUUCCUUGCACUUUUCUGACACUUCUGUCCUCACAUACAUAAGCAAAUGAUGUUUAAUAUUAAAUAUAUUUCAGAAAUUACUAAUCUGACUGAAAAAAGGUCUUCUAAUCUGCUUGAAAACUGACAUUAUUACCUCAGGACUGAAACCUUACUGAAAACAGGUUGUAUUUUCUUAUUUAGGAUUUAGUUGGCAUGAAUUUAAAGAGACAGCCACAGAAUAUGCAGUGUCGGACACCUCUCUGAGCCAUGUGUAUAGGCUUAUUAUAUGUUUCCAAGCAGACAACCAUAGUGACAUAUUUCCUUUAAUAUAUUUUUAGUACAUAUCUGUUUUGUUUUUUUUAUUCAAAUAUGUGUUUUUUGGGGUUAUUAAAAGCAGUUGUAAUUAUCAAAUUCUGCUUUAAGGGAUUCCGCUGCAAAUUUCAGGAUAAUGAAGAUAAAAGCAGUCUUUUUUUAUACAGUUGUUGUAUAUCUGAACAAAUAUGUCAAUGGCUAUCUCUUUGUUUGUACAUGUUUUUUUUUUAUAAAAUCAAUUGUAAUUAAAGCCAUUGUCAUCUGUGAUUUUA